AUGCUACCGUACCUCUUUCCCGACCUUGCUUCUUUUGCCACAGUCGCCGACCUCAUUACCCACCUGCGCACUAGUGACGCUCGCUUCCGCGCUGCGCUUCCUGCUGAGGACGACUUACUCUUAGUCUGCCCCACCACUCUCACUGUUGACCUCCUCGAGAAGUCCCUCCUAGCAGCCGAGAAGAGCAUUCUCGCUAUAGGGGCCUCUGGUGGUGACCCGCGCACCCCCAUCUUUGAGGGGUGUUCCCCCUCCCCCCUCCUGCCCUCUGUCGCCUCUGCUGCUACGGCCGACCUAGUUGGUUUUGAGUCGGUCGGUGCGGCGUCUGCCCCCAGUGGGAGACGUCGCUCUGGCAAGGGCAAGGGGGGCAGGAGCGGUGGUGGAGGCGGCGGGGGCGGUGGAGGCGGCGGUGGAGGCAGCGGAGGAGGUGGGGGUGGUAGCGGGGGUGGUAGCGGGAGUGGUGGCGGGAGUGGAGGUGUCAGCGGCGGCAAUGGAAGCGGGGGUGGCAGCGGCGGUGGUGGUGGGAGUGGAGGCGGAGGCGGCGGUGGCGGCAGCGAAGGUGGGAGUGGCGGUGGCAGCGGAGGUGGUGGCGGCGGCGGCGGAGGAGGCGGCGGAGGAGGUCGUGGCUCGUCGCAGAGGAGUGGCUCCGGUGGCGGUCACCACCAGCAGCAGCGGCAGCAGCGUGGUCAGGAGACCCUCUCCCCGCAGCAGCUCCGUGAGUGGUACGUUGCACGUCAGAGGGGUGGGGGUACUGGUCCGUGCACCUACGUCCUGCGCACUGGCGACCGUGCGGGUGAGCCGUGUGGUGGUCCACACUCCGCCCAGCGCUGCUUCGGCCGCCUGACUGACGCUUGGCGCCGCCAGUUUCCUGACGCCUCUGAGAUCCCUCGCUGGGACCAGCUGUCUAGGGCAGGAGUAGCUAUCUUUGAUCUUGACUUUGAUGCUAUUCUUGCUGCCAUGUAUGCUGUGACUAUUAGUGAGGAGGGUGACUGUUACCGGUGUUUCCCGCCCGACCCGGGCAUUGGUACUGCGGCUCUAGGUGCUGUUGAGGCUGCUGCUCCAGGUGCUGGUGAGGCUGUCGCUCUAGGUGCCAGUGAGUCUGUGUCCUCAGGUGCUGGUGAGUCUGCUCUCUCAGGUACUGCGUCGGCUCCGCCCUCUCUCACCUUCACUCUUGACUCAGGGGCGUCUCGCUCCUUCUUUCGAGACCGCACCACACUCACGCCACUUAGUCGGCCAGUGGCGGUCUCCCUGGCGGACCCCUCUGGGGGUCCUGUUCUGGCUCGCUACUCCACUGUCCUGCCGUGCCCUGCGGUCCCGUCUGGCGCCCUGUCCGGGGUCGACCAGUUCACCCCUGCACGCCGACGGGACACCCACUGCACGGACGCGGACACGGGUCGACACUUGACCACGUUCACACGUGGGCCGGGGUCGAGCCUGUACACACUCACUGUUCCGUCUCCUCCUCCUGCGUCUGGUCAGGUGGCUGCGUCGGGUCAGGUGUUUGCUGCUGCGUCCAGGUCUGGUCCUGAGUCUGCCCCCUGCUCGUGUCGCCUCCUGUCCCACGAGACCCUCCUGUGGCACCACAGGAUGGGUCACCCCUCCCUGCCUCGUCUCCGGGGCAUGGCCUCUCGCCUUCUUGUCUCUGGCCUUCCCCGGUCCCUCCCUCCCCUUCCUCCGGGGCCUGGCCUUCCCUGUGUCCCCUGUGUCGAGGGUCGCCUGCGGGCUACCCCUCACUCCUCCCCGUUUCCUCCGACGGAGGCCCCGAUGCAGACGCUUCACAUGGACGUGUGGGGCCCAGCCCGCGUCCGUGGGCAGGGUCACGAGCGCUACUUCCUGCUGGUGGUUGACGACUACUCGCGUUACACCACAGUCUUCCCCUUGCGCAGCAAGGGUGAGGUCACUGAGGUGUUGAUCGACUGGAUCCGUGCAGCCCGUCUCCAGCUCAGGCGGAGCUUCGGCUCGGACUUUCCUGUUUUGCGUCUGCACUCGGACAGAGGCGGAGAGUUCUCCUCCGGCCUUCUGCGAGCCUACUGUCGGGCACGAGGCAUCCGCCAGACCUUCACGCUUCCGGACUCUCCACAGCAAAAUGGGAUUGCUCAGCGCCGCAUCGGCAUUGUCAUGGACGUCGCCCGUACGUCCAUGGUGCAUGCGGCUGCCCCCCAUUUUCUGUGGCCGUUUGCGGUUCGGUACGCCGCGCAUCAGAUCAACCUUCAGCCCAGGGUCUCCAGACCGAAGACCUCCCCAGCUUUGCUGUGGACGGGGAAGGUUGGCGAUGCGUCGGCAUUCCGAGUCUGGGGAUCUCGGGCGUUUGUCCGCGACUUGUCUGCGGACAAGCUGUCCCCUCGUGCUGCUCCUUGCGUCUUCCUGGGUUUUCCCCCUGACGCACCUGGGUGGCAGUUUUACCACCCCACCUCUCGUCGUGUUCUGUCCUCCCAGGAAGUCACGUUCGACGAGUCGGUUCCCUUCUACCGGCUCUUCCCCUACCGCACUCCGUCCCUCCCCCCCCCGCCCCUCUUCCUGGUCCCAGGUCCCCCCCCGGUAGACCCCCUCCCCCCUCAGGGUCCUGCCCCUUCAGGUGUGUCUCAGGUAGACGCGGUCGAGCCUGUCGAGGUCACUGGUGACUCUGGUGCUGCUGCGGGUGCUGAGCCUGGGGGUGCUGAGACUGGGGGCGCUGAGACUGGGGGUGCUGAGACUGGGGGUGCCGAGCCUGGGGGUGCUGAGACUAGGGGCGCUGAGCCUGGGGGUGCUGAGACUGGGGGCGCUGAGCCUGGGGGUGUUGAGACUGGGGGUGCUGAGCCUGGGGGUGCUGAGCCUGGGGGUACUGAGCCUGGGGGUGCUGAGCCUGGGGGUGCUGUGCCUGGGGGUGCUGAGCCUGGGGGUACUGCGUCUGGGAGUGCUGCGCCUGCUGCUUCUGUUCCUGGUGGUUCUCCAGACCGUUCUUCGCGCCGCGAGCCGCUCUCUCCUCUGGAGCUGCGUGAGUGGUUUGCCCGGCGCUGGAGGCGAGCUGCUGGAGCUGGGGGUACUGCGGGUGCUGGAGGUUCCGUUGCUGCUAAGGGAGCUGGUACCACGGGUCCCGGAGGUGCUCGUACUGAGGGUACUGGAGCUGCCGGGCCCGGGGGUGCCUCUGGAGCUGGAGCUGCUGCGGGUGCUGGCACUGAGGCUAUGACUGUCGGUCCUACUGCGGGUACUUCUGCAGCUGCUGGUGGUGCUGGAGUUGGAGCUGCUACUGGUGCUGGUGCUGCCUCUGGAGGUGUUGGUGCGGUCCCUGCUGUCUUUGGCGGUGCUGCGCGGCCUCGGCCGUACUUCGUUCCGCUCCUUCAGCAGGUUCUUGGUCUCCCGCCUUCCACUGGUCCUUCUCCUCCCGUAGAGUGUCCGCAGCCUGUCCCGUCACAGUCACAAUUACAGCCCGCCUCUCCCCUGCCUUCUCCUUCUCCCUACGCUAAUCCUACUGGAGGUCUUGCUGAGCGUCGUGAGCCUGCGUCCCGCCCUCCGUGGCCAGUCCGAGCUGCUCGCCUUAGUGGUCGCGGUUCGCGUCAGCGUCCUCCUCCUGUCCCUGGCACACACCAGAUGUCUCUGCGUCCGUCCACUGCUCCUCUGCGUGCCCCUUUGCCUUCUCCUCCUCAGUCUUCUCUUCCUACACUUGCCGACCCGGAUCCGCUGCUGCGUCUGCCCUAG